AUGAAUCCUUUCAGAACAACAGUAUCUCGCCUGUGGAACUCCUCCCCGUUACUAUACAAAACCCUCUCGUCCAUGGCUGCAGCGAGUCUUGUCAAUGACUUUCCGCAGCUCACCGCCCUUGGGAAGCACCUGAGGAAAGAAGCCAUAGAAAUGCUGGAUAAAGGGUCGGGGCCUGACCAGGACCUGUUGCUCGCGAUGCUCAUGCUCGGGGGCUCGGCGAGCUGGCACAACCCCCGUGAUCUUGGACUACCCUUCUUCAACCGGGCUCGAAGGAAGCUGGCAUCAAUGUCGACGGCCGUGUUCGAGCAACAUGGUGUUGACUAUCACUUCUUCCACCAGUCGAUGACUUAUUGGGAGAUGCUGCUAUCGUACGUGGCAGAGAAUGACGAACUUAAUGCCUCAAUAGAUGAGCACGCUUUCUCACAAGGCUGCACGACGCUACACUUUGUCCCGCAUCCAUGGACUGGAUUUGCACGAGAUACUCAACAUGCGGUGCAAAAGGUCGGCAGGCUUAUUAGAAAGCAGCGGAAGAUGGCCUUUUCACAUCGAUUCACGUCACUCUCCCACAUCAAACAACUCGAGAAGGACUUGGCCGCGGCUAGUGAGCUUGAGCAGUAUCUUUGCAGCCUGUCACAUCCUGUCGAAACCACAGUUCUCGACACCGAGGAUAGGAACACUCCAGUGUGGCAUUUGCUAACUCUGGCUGAAGCUUAUCGGUCGACUGGGUUAAUUCAGCUGUACCAUAUCUUUCCCGAUCUUCUUGAUCACCGACUGGUACGAGAGGGUUUGCUGAAUCCGGACCUCAAUGAAGAGCAUGGGCCUGACUCUCCUUCUGCCUCCUGCCAACUACGCAAAGAUUGGCUUACUUCAUAUGCCGUGCAAGCUCUAAAUCUCAUGAAGUCAAUCCCUCUAGAGUCGGGAACAAGAGAUUUCCAACCUUUCAUCCUCGUAUCCUUGUCAAGCGAGCUCCGGAUGUCAUCACCGCCAGUGGACAUUCAUGAUAGCGGACCAGGAGCUUCCAUGGCGGAUCAGAUGGCAGGCUUCACUUCGCAAACUAUUGAGGUUUCAAGGAUGCGUCAUUUCAUCAAGAGUCGGCUCAAUUCGUUCCUUUACACGCUCCCUCCAAGGCCGAUCCAUGUGUGUCUCGAUAUUGUUAAUGAGACAUGGAGGAUCAUGGAUGAGAGGGCUCGUAGCUGUGAAGACGUCUACUGGAUGGAUGUUAUGAUUCAGAACGGGUGGGAGACUACAAUGGCGUAG